AUGCUAGGAACGCGAUUCGGAAAGGCACCCUCUUCCCGCUCUAUCUCUAUCCCCCAUUUGUGCUCGACAUCGGUCCCAUUCUCUCUCUCGCAUUUCGUGCGCGUUCACGUUCUCGUUCUCUCUCUCUCUCUCUCUCUCUCUCUCUCUCUCUCUCUCUCUCUCUCUCUCUCUCUCUCUCUCUCUCUCUCUCUCUCUCUUGGUUCCGUUCGCGCACUCCGUCCCACCCGUCCGCUCUCCAUUUCGCAUUCGCUAACUUCGUCGCUCCCGUGCUCGCUAUCGUUCGCAUUUGCGCGGUCCGUCCCUCCCGUGCGCUCUCCCUUCCGCAUUCUGGCGCUCCGUCCAUCCCGUCCGCUCUCCCUUCGCACUGGCUCUCUCCGUCCAUUCCAUGCGCUCUACCUUCCGCUUUCGCGCGCUUCGUCUCCCCCGUCUGCUAUACCUCUCGCUAUCGCUCUCUCCGUCCAUUCCGUGAGCUCUCCCUUCCGCAUUCGCGCGCUCCGUCCAUUCCGUCCACUCUCACUUACGUUCGUUAUCUCCGACCCUCCUGUGCGCUCUCCAUACCUCAUUCGCACGCCGUCCCUCCCGUCCGCUCUCCCUCGAUCGCAAAAGCUCUCUCCAUCGCUCCCGUGCUCUUUUAGCGUCGCAUUCUCUCUCUCCGUCCCUCCAGUCCGCUCUCCCACCGUCGCAUCCUCUCCCUCCGUCGAUCCCGUGCUCUCCCACGGUCGCAUUCUCUCUCUCCAUCACUCCCGUGCUCUCUCACCAUUGCAUUCUCCCUCUUCGUCAUUCCCAAGCUCUCCCACCGUCGCAUUCGCCAUCUCCUUUGCUCCCGUUCUCUGUCCCGGCCGCUCUCGUUCCCGUUGUAUCUCUCUCGCUCGCGUGCGCGCUAUCGUUCUCGUGCUCCGUCGCUCCCGUGCUCUCGCUCUCUCGCAUUCGCUCUUUCUUGAUAGUAAUCGCGCGCUCCGUCCCUCCCGUUAUAUCUUUCUUUCGCGUUCUCUCUCUCUCUGUCGCUCCCUUGCUCUCCGUUAG